AUGGUCUUGCCGCUGCCUCCAGGUCUGCUGCUGAUGCUCCAUAGUCCCUCGAUUCUCGCCGUUCCGCCUUUCGUCCAGUUUUCCGAGUCGAUGCCGGCCAUGGACGACGUGGUGCCGUACUCAGCCGGCGGUGCAGAUCGACGGCUUCUGAGAGGCUCGCCGCUGAAGCUGCAGCCAUGCUUCCGGCUCUGCUGGCAUGGGCGCACGUUCGCUUCCGCCAUGGCUCCGCGCUACGGAUGCAGCAGCGCUCUCGCCGGCGGCCGUAGUCGUAGUACUCGAUGGACAUGGGCGACGCUGAACUUUGUGCGAGAACAGUGCUGCUUUUUGCCACAAGCCUGCUUGGUCGAGCAGGUUCUAGCCAGCAACAGCAGCAGCAGCAGCAGCAGCAGCAGCAAGGGGAGGCAGCAGCAGCGCGUUCAGCCUGGAAAGGCGCAGCGCCGGGGCUCGAGCGUGUGCUUGAAAGCAUGGCGGGCCAUUGGACGCUUUGGCGGCAGACGCUCGUGGGCGUUCGGGUCGCCCCGGCAAAGGGCAGAGUGGCAGAGCGUCAGGAUGCUCGCCCGACUGGCAGAAUUGCAGCCAGACCACUUGUAUCCCAUGCCACGAGGAGCUUCCGACUGGUUCGGCUGGGUCGAGUCGGGGAGGGAGGCGUUCGACGGCGGUUGGCUAACAUGGGACGGAGUGAUGUCCACGCCGGCGGCUGGCCGAUUCGUGCUGAGCAGGGCAUGGAGGAGGAGAGAGGACGAGGGAGAGGCGAAGCCCUGCCCAACCGUUGAUGUGGCUGAACGGUUCAAAGCUCACAAAGAGCAGGCAGGAAAGCGGUGA